AUGAAUCCAGUUCAGCUCAAGCCCAAAACCAUUAUCUAUUUUUUGACCAUUUUCCUGACGGGCCUUGCUUUGCUUCAUGAAAUUUUGAAGCAAACGGGAAUUGAAAAGAUAAAAGAACUCUACCUCAAGAAGAUUUCCGCUUCGAUACAUACUGUAGGGCUGUUGGAGAAAGAUCCAGAGUAUGGACUUUACAUUUCUGGUGAUUUUGCGAAGCUUCAAGAGAGUCAAGUUUAUUUCUUGGAUGCACAAGUCAAGGGCCAGGGCGAUCGACCGAUAAUUUUGCUUUUUAACUCAAUGCAGUACUCAUCCAACAUGUGGUUAAAACUCGGCGUAAUUCACGAGCUCGCGAAAAAUGGAUACCGCUCGAUCUCAAUCGAUCUUCCUGGAUAUGGCGGUUCCGACAAAGUUCCCAUCAUCGACGACGAUGCGCGACGAAUCAGACUUAUGGAGCAAAUCGUCAAGUUUUUUCAACUUGAUGAGUUUGUCGCCGUGACGCCUGGAUACUCGGGCGAAUAUUUUCUGCCUUUUAUAUUCGAAUCUCAUGCAGCAGAGAACGCGCUAGGCUGGGUUCCCAUAUCUCCAGACGGAGUCAAGAGGUUUUCUCUUGAUGAGAUUUCGCUGCUUCCCCUUCCAACGCUAAUCCUUUUCGGCGAGUACGAUUCCGCGGGCGAGCAAGACGCGCGCACCCUCGCCAAAAUGCCAAACUCGUCAAAAAAGAUCUUCUACUCAUCCGGCAAACACUGCUUCGUCGACGACCCACAAUACUUUAUUUCUUCAUUGCUGAACUUUAUGCAGACUGUGUAA